AUGGAUGAAGACAAAAGCAAGCUGACCAAAAUGGACAAAUUCUCCUACCCGGUCCACCGGAAACGUUCCCGUUACCUGAGUCAGUCACGAACAACGGAUAACCAUCAUAACAAGAAAAGACGGAAAGGAAUCGAAAAAAUAAUUUUGCCAACCAAGUUCCUCCUCGGGGGUAACAUCAACGACCCGUUAAAUUUGAACAGUCUUUGCGAUGAAGAAGUAAACAGGGCUCUAAACGAACGUACACCUCAAUCCUCUCCGAUCCCGACCCCGGCACAUAGGAGGGACGUGACUCUAAUAAUGCCACGGAACCAAUUUGAUCCCUUAAAUCUCAACGAGCCUGACAUGGAAAACGAACCGCUGACGCCGGCUAAGAUAUGUGCAAAGCGAAAGAAACGGCAUAAAAAUCGUAAAAAAAAUGACCCCAACAUUGAGAACACCGGCGCUCCGACAACCCCGCUAAUUACAAAAGAAUCUGAGAAAAAAAAGCACCUGGCCGAGGCUCUGAAAAUAGAGAUUGAUGACACCGCCUCGACAACAGUUGUUCCGUCGGUGAAGGGGCCUCCCCAAGACAAACCAAAGACACCGCAGGUUCCAACAUCGUUGUCUAUGAGUGGCACUCUACUGUCGAUGACUGGUGGUUCCACCACAAACAGUGAAGUUGCCGAUACCCCCAAAGUGAAACCCGAAAACAAAAUUGUAUCCCCUGUUAUCCCUCAGCUGUCCCCAAAGAACCGAAAACGACGCCAAACAAGUAUCUGUGAGGGUAGAUCUUCAGAACAGAAUCCGGUAUCCAGCAAGAACAUCAACCGCUCUGAGAGCUGCCCUGGGGAAAUCAACAAGACAGCAUACCCCCGGAAAAAUCGACGGCGACACAGCAACCGAGGCAGUGGAAACAAGAAAGGUCAGGUCGCGAAAUCAAAAUCCUAUCGUUUCAUUUAUGGUAACUACAACCGUUACUAUGGCUACCGUAACCCAGAUGAACACGAUUCGCGUACCAAUGCGUUCAAACUGGAAUGGUUUGAAGGUAAGAAAGUGCUGGACAUUGGUUGUAAUGUUGGUCACCUGACCCUGUUUGUGGCUCGGGACUUCAAACCACUAAUGAUUCUUGGCCUUGAUAUUGAUGGACGGUUGAUAUCAGCUGCCAGGAAGAAUAUUCGCCAUUAUUUGAUUCAAGAUGACCAGAACAAAUACCCGAACUCAUGUAAGUUAAGCUACGGUCCAUUGGCCGCACCGGUGAGACAGGAGGCCAGACAUACGGUUUUCCCACAUAAUGUUACAUUUGCACAGGGCAGUUAUGUGCUGGAAAGUGACGAGCUGCUGGAACUACAGAAGCCUGAAUAUGAUUUGAUCUUGUGCAUGAGUCUAACAAAAUGGAUCCACUUGAAUUGGGGAGAUGCAGGGUUGAAACGAUCCUUCAAGAGGAUGUAUCGUCAAUUGAAGCCAGGAGGCAAAUUAAUAUUUGAGCCACAGUCCUGGAGUUCGUAUAAAAAGCGCAAAGGACUCACAGAAACUAUCUACAACAAUUUUUGCAACAUUAAGCUCAAACCAGAAAACUUUGCAGACUAUCUCACUUCACCUGAGGUUGGCUUUUCCAAAUACGAGAUUAUAGGUGUUCCAGUCAAUAAAUCAAAAGGAUUUCAACGGCCUAUUUACUUGUUCUGCAAGGAUGAAGAUGAUCCCAUGACAAUGAAUGAAUCAUCACAGGGUCUUAACAGCCACAUCACCACAGAGUUGGUUCCACCUCCUUGUAGUGACAACCCUCCAUUGGAUUGGUCAGCAUCUCAAACAUCACACUUUCCAGUAUCAGCUGCUGUAUCUUUGUCGUCCAGUUCAAAGGAUACAACAGACUCAGCCUUUUUAAAUGUUCCCACCUCUCAUCAAAACACAGAACAGCCAAAACAAACGGUCAUGGACUCAAGCCAGGAAAGAGGCGACUCUUCCUUGGCUGGCUGUCAGAAAGUUGCACAUAGCAACGCCAACACGAAGGAAUCUACAUUGGGACUCUCAGAAACAUUGACUGCAUUGCCACCUCCAUCAACGUUGCCGCCACCUCCUCCGCCUUCAUCGUCAGAUGCGUCAUCUUCUCUUGCCAUCAAUCCUUCAUUGUCGUCUUCAUCAUCGGUCACUAUGGAGACAGAAGCCUCUACUCCCACAGCAGAAACUACCCAGAGUUCUAAGGAUAACUGA